UUGUUAUCGAGUUGAGCGUCCUGGCGGGAAUAUUUCCUAGACUCUCCAGAUGGCACCAAACUCGCAGGAUGAAACCCCUGCAAAAGGGAAGCAGGUGUACUGUGGGUUGGGCAACCACAAGCUGCAGACGCCCAACAAAGCCCUCAGGAACCGCGUUCUGCUAAGUUUCGCAAGAAAGAUAAACCCAGAAAUUCGAGAGGGAACGCUUCUCUGCUUGAAGUGCUACAUUGGAUUGGAAAAGAUAUUUCAUAAUAAGCUGCGUAGUAAGCGGCAGCAUGAAAUGAAGAAGAACGCAACAGGCUCCAGUAUUUCGGACGUGAGCAAUAGUCAGUCCAUACAGACCAGCUCCUCGGAGGGAAGUUCAACUACAGCAGUCAGGGCCAUUGCCCAACAAGUCAUUAAUCAAAGUAGUGAGAGUUCCGCCGCCCCAGUCAGAUCGCCGGAAAGUAGUCAAAGCAGUGAUCGCCCCACAACUAGCGCUGCUGCUGCGGCCAGAAGGAAGCGAAAGAGUGACGAACGGGGUGAACCGCAAUUCUCAAACUUGGCGAAAAGGACUCGUCCGCUACCGGACCCGACAGAUUCAGACGACGACCCCAAUUCCAAUUUAAGUCUAAAUGCCGUCAAUGGGACAAGGUUACCCCACAUUCAACCGAUUCCCAAACGCCGUCAAACUGUUAUUUUAAACAAGGCUGCGAUGGACAUCUAUUUGGCGGGGACCACUGGUGGAUAACCAUAGCCUUACUUUUACAUUGCUGUGAGCUUUUAAGGAUGUAGUUUAGAGGAAAAGUCUGUUAAAGAAUACUUAAACAAAUUAUGUUAAGAGUUUACGUUAAUACCCCAAUGUCUUGUGUUGAGUCUCAUGUUUUAAGACAAAAUAAACUUUGUGAAUUUGAAAUAAA